AUUACGAACCUCGAACUACGAACUACGAACUACGAACAGUCUACCACCCCCUUUUGCGUCUCAGCCAGCAGCCAUGCUGCGCAGACAAGCUAGGGAACGGCGUGACUACAUCUACCGUCGCGCCCUCCAACUCCGAGAUGCUAGUAUUGCUGAGAAAAGGGCGUUGUUGAAAAAGUCUUUGGCCACAGGCAAACCUCUUGAUCACGCUGUCGCAAAUGACAAGUCUCUGAGAAAAGACUUCCGGUUCGACGAAUCUCUCGAUCCCGAGACCGCAGCAGCCCAGGCAUCACUCGAUGAUGAGUAUGCCCUGCUGUCAGGCCUUUCCGAUCCUCGUCCUCUUGUCACCACCUCACGAAGUCCUUCCACUCGCCUCAGUGCCUUUUCCAAAGAGAUCAGACUCCUCCUUCCAACUUCCAUACGCCUCAAUCGAGGGAACACCAUCCUGCCGAAUUUAAUCUCGAGCGCCAAAGCCGCCGCUCUGACUGACAUCAUUCUACUUCAUGAGCAUCGCGGUACGCCGACUGCGAUGACUAUCUCCCAUCUCCCCCACGGUCCAACGGCAUCCUUCUCCCUUCAUAACGUCAUCUUACGAGCCGAUAUCCCAGAUGCAUCCCGUGGCACAGUCUCCGAAUCGUACCCUCACCUCAUUUUUGAAGGCUUCACCACUCGCCUGGGGAAACGAGUCGUCCAGAUUCUAAAACAUAUCUUUCCACCCCGAGACGGACCCCACAAAGUGGGAAACAGAGUAGUCACAUUCAAAAAUGUUGAGGACAGUAUUGAAGUUAGACAUCACGUCUUUGUCCAGACAAGCUAUCGAGAUGUCGAACUAGCAGAAGUCGGCCCGCGGAUGACGAUGAGAUGCUUCGAGAUACGGGGAGACACUUUGGAGAAGGAUUCUGGGGGCGAAGUCGAGUGGGCAUUAACUCAAUACACGAGGACUUCAAGAAAGAAGGACUAUUUGUGAGCAAGGCUUCUCCUAAGGUAGCGAUCCUACCCUUGCUCGAAAGUGGUUAAGGGAACGCAUUGAUAUGUGAGGCUCCCUAUUCUUCUGGUGGUCGAUGUGUGUGAAAAGCACAAAAGCACGUCUGCCAAGCAAAUUCUAGACAGCACCAUCAGUCCACGAAUCGGCUUGCACUAUCUCAGCGAAACUGCGCCCCGAUUAGCCUCGGAGUGUCUCUCAGGGUCAUGACUGUCCCCCAAAAAUCGAAACCGCCAUGUGAGAAAAUUGGACAAUACCCAUUCCCGCCGCUGCCAUUGUUUACCAUCCACCGUUGGGGGUGCUAGCCUUUUCACAGAUAUAGUGCUCCUCGAAUGCUGGCUUGUUGACAACGGCUACGGCACAGGGCUCCUCAGUUGAUACAUCUUUGGGUUGACGGGCAGCCAUGUCGCUAGGCAGCUUCCAGCGCAAGAGGCCCAACGUCCGGAACUUGUCGUCUUCGGUGCCAUCUUCCCCCAUCACACAGCCUCCAUCAAUGUCCCUGUCGCCUUCAUAUUUGACCGUCACAGUGUCGCGGUCCUCCCAGGUCGCCCCAACUUUACGUUUGAAGAAGCCUCGAAACAUGGCCCAAGCGAAGUCAAAGUUUGAUCCGGGCGGAGCAAGCGUGUGCAUGGCACGUUCUCGUUUUCCAGCCGUUGAGAAUACGGUAUAGCAUGCAUACUGCUUAGCUCGACUGGAGUCUCCGGCAUGGUCGAUAGAUUCGGGUGUGUAUUCGAAAAGCUGUAAAGUCUGAGCAUAUGGACUUGGAAUGUGCACUCUGAGUUUCGGAUUUGAUUGGGACAGACUUCUUGGGUGGGAGUAUGAUAUGACUGGGUAUCUUGAGAAAGGGUAUGGCGAGGGAAAGUAGUACAUGGUCGUAGGACAAUGUGUGAGUGAGGGACGAGACCAGCCAUUAUUCACCUGAUUCCAGGUGCUCGGGGAUUGUGAAGUUCCACUGCACGAGGAGUCGGUGUAUAGCGGUGCUGGUGGCUGAUCGGUUACACGAUGGGGCUUCUCAGAUGAAACAGGAUAUGUCGUCUCUGACCGGGAAGUAACACAAGAUGCAUAACGCACCUUGAGACGAUGUUUCUCCAGCCUGUUUCGAAGAACAUCUUUCCGGACCAGUGUUAUCAAGUAGAUGAAGCCGUUGCCAUCAAUGUAUGGUUUGUAACCAGCUAGAUCAGGCGGGCGCCUCGUCAGCAUUGUGUCACGUUAAAUGUAGAGUUAGC